AUGUCUAGAACACUAAAGAAGAAGAAACACUGGUCCACCAAAGUGCAGGAAUGCGCCGUAUCCUGGGGGAACCUCGGAGAUUUUGGUUCCGUGGUGGAGGUGCUUGGCGGCGCAGAACACGGAGAAUUCCCCUACCUGGGUAAGAUGAACCUGGACGUAUUAGUGUGUCACGUUGGGAGACUGCCGUACUACGGAGACGUGCUUUUGGAGGUCAACGGCACACCCGUCAGUGGACUUACCAACCGCGACACACUGGCCGUCAUCCGUCACUUUCGGGAGCCCAUUCGUUUGAAGACUGUCAAACCAGGGAAGGUGCUUAACACAGACUUGCGGCAUUAUCUCAGUCUUCAGUUCCAGAAAGGAUCACUGGACCACAAGCUGCAGCAGGUCAUCAGAGACAACCUGUACCUACGGACCAUCCCCUGUACCACCAGGCUGCCCAGAGAAGGGGAGGUCCCUGGAGUGGACUAUAACUUCAUCAGCGUGGGGGAUUUCCGCAUCCUGGAGGAGAGUGGACUGCUGUUGGAGAGUGGGACUUAUGAAGGGAACUACUACGGAACGCCCAAGCCUCCCGCUGAACCGAACCUGGUACAGCCAGACCUGGUGGACCAGGUUCUGUUUGAGGAAGACUAUGGCACUGAGGUCCAGCGCAAACGCACAACCUCUGUCAGUAAGAUGGACCGCAAGGACAGCGUUGUCCCCGAGGAAGAGGAUGAUGAAGAGAGACCACCUCUGCCUAAUGGCAACCCAGAGGCUGCAGUAGGGGCUCAAUGGAAGAGGACAGUGCCCAGUUAUACCCAGUCCAACAGUGGUAUGGAACUAAGGGCCUGGAGCUCUCUGCCGCGGGACGACAGUCUGGAACCGCUACCCUAUAACUGGGAGAUGGCCUACACAGAAACGGGCAUGGUCUACUUUAUCGAUCACAACACUAAAUCCACCACGUGGCUGGACCCCCGUUUGGCCAAGAAAGCCAAACCUCCUGAAAAGUGUGAGGAUGGAGAGCUUCCCUACGGCUGGGAGGAGAUUGAUGAUCCUCAGUAUGGCACCUAUUACGUUGAUCAUAUCAACCAGAGGACGCAGUUUGAGAAUCCUGUUACAGAGGCCAAGAGGAAGCUGAACCUAGAGGCUUCAGUAACCAGUCAGAGCCAGCAGGGGGCAGCACCUCCUUCAGGUGGUGAGGGAGGCACUCCAGGGUUUACACGGGAUCCAACCCAGUUGCAGGGAGAGCUGUACCACUCCACUCUGAAGAAGAGCUCUCAGGGCUUUGGCUUCACCAUCAUCGGUGGAGAUCGCCCAGAUGAAUUUCUCCAGGUCAAAAACGUCCUGAGUGACGGUCCAGCUGCUCAGGAGAAUAAGAUGGCAUCUGGUGACGUGAUUGUGGAGAUCAAUGGUGUUCUGGUCCUGGGGAAGACCCAUGCUGACGUGGUCCAGAUGUUCCAGAGGAUCCCGGUUAACCAGUACGUGGACAUGGUCCUGUGCCGUGGCUAUUCCCUGCCUCCGGACGUGGAUGCUGACAGCGAGGACCCCCCUCCUCUUCCCCCUCUUCCUCCCCCAGGGGAGGUGAUGACAGCUGUACCCCUUAUAAAUGGCCAGCCCCUGCUGGUGAAGGGUGACGUUCUCCAUGGCUCCUCCCAGGAGCUCCACUACGUCACCACCGAUGCCAGCGGUCGGCCCAUGGUGGCCACACUGCCCAACGGUCGCCAUGCUGACCGGCCCGACGGGGGCAUGCUGCAGCCGGAGCUGGUGAGUGUGCCACUGGUGAAAGGACCGAGCGGUUUCGGCUUUGCCAUCGCCGACUGCCCUCUGGGUCAGAAGGUGAAGAUGAUCCUGGAUGCGCAGUGGUGCCGAGGCCUGCUGAAAGGAGACAUCAUUAAAGAGAUCAACUGCCAGAACGUUCAGCUGCUCAGCCAUGCCCAGGUGGUGGACAUCCUCAAAGACCUGCCCGUCGGCAGUGAGGUCAACCUGCUGGUGCUGAGGGGAGGUCAGACGACGCCUGUGAAGAGCCUAAAACCUAGACAGGAGCUGAGUGCCAGUACGGAGACCCUCGACCGCUGCCAUGACUCCAUGCUCCCCCAGGCUCUCACCUACCAUUCCAGCACUCUGCCCUCCAGCUCCCCCCGACGAGAUGCUGUCGAACUCUACAGCAAACCCAGAGCCCUGCCUGAGCCCAAACAACCUCAGUAUAAAGAGGUGGAGGUGUUCAUUAAGAGAGACCAGGAGACGGGCUUUGGAUUCAGAGUGCUGGGUGGAGAGGGUCCAGACCAGCCUGUGUAUAUUGGGGCCAUCGUGCCCCAGGGCGCGGCAGAGAAAGAGGGGCGUCUGCGGGCCGGUGAUGAGCUUAUGGCGAUCGAUGGCAUUACAGUGAAAGGAAAGUCCCACAAGCAAGUUCUGGACCUGAUGACCAACGCUGCCCGCAAUGGGCAGGUCCUGCUCUGUGUCCGCCGAAAGGUCAUCUACAGAGGUCAGUCCAAGACUGAGAGGAUGCACCAAUCAGCCCCUUCUCUGGUUAACGGCUCCCCAAGACUCCAGCACAUCAGUGUGCCCAACGUACUGGACCAGGAGUCCUUCAACAUCACGCUUCACCGCAAAGACAAUGAGGGCUUUGGCUUCGUCAUCCUCACAUCCAAAAGCAAGCCGCCACCUGGAGUAAUCCCACACAAGAUCGGCCGCAUCAUCGAAGGCAGCCCCACGGACCGCUGUGGUCUUCUUAAUGUUGGCGACCGCAUCUCCGCGGUCAAUGGCCAGUCCAUUGUGGAGCUAUCCCAUAAUGACAUAGUGCAGCUCAUUAAGGAUGCAGGCUCAUCUGUCAUGCUCACAGUGAUCCCUGAGGACGAGUACAAGGGCCCGCCCUCUGGAGCAAGUUCAGCCAAACAGAGUCCUGCACCACAGCACAGGGUAAUGAAGGCAGCCAAUCAGGAUGACAGGUAUAACUUGGACUUGGACGAUAGUAAGGAGGACUAUAAAACUCUACCCUUGGGUGAACAGGGAACUCUGUGUCUCACUGGCUCCAAACAGGGCUGUAUCACAGUUGAGCUGGACCGUGGUCCUCGUGGUUUUGGGUUCAGUCUGAGAGGGGGCACAGAGUACAGCAUGGGACUGUAUAUUCUCCGACUGGCAGAAGACGGCCCAGCCCUGCUGGAUGGCAGGAUUCACGUGGGUGAUCAGAUUGUGGAGAUUAAUGGAGAGCCCACGCAGGGCAUCAGUCACACCAGGGCUAUAGAGCUCAUCCAGGCUGGAGGCAACAAGGUUCAGCUGCUGUUACGGCCUGGUCCAGGUCUCAUCCCUGACAACAGCAGUGUGAGCUCCACUGCUGUUUGUUACUACCCUACAGAGCACCAGCACUAA